AUGUUCUCUGGUGCAAUCUUGCGCUCGGCGAGUAGUUCUCUACUUGCCAACUCAUACCUUCAACAAUUCUUUCAUUCAUUCAAUACAAUCAACACUCCAUUGUCAACGAAACAAGCACUGAUUGAUCCAAGUCCGCCAUUAGUUGGUCAAGGGAUUGCCAUCAAAGAAUAUCUUAGAGAAAAUGCAAUUCCAUUUGAUGAAUCAUGGACAUGUAUCAAAGCAUUAUACUGUCGAAGUUCCAAGUUAGAACUUCGACAAAAUCGAGUACCCGGUUUAAUUCAUAUCGACAGAGAACGAGGUGAUUUCGCUUGUUCGAAAUGCUCGGCAACUGGCACAUGGGAAGAUUUUAAGGACCAAUCGCAACGUUUGCAAUUAAGAGCGGUCUGUCCGAAAAUGAAUAUAGAUUCAAUUCAAUUAUCGGACGAUGACCGACGCUUAUGGGAGCAAUCACAAGUCAUUCAAGAAAAAGAUAAAGACCUUGUUGAAGCACUUCUGACAAGAUACGGAUUCGAUGAAGAGCAUACAAUUACGUACACCACUCUUCAACGGUAUGGCGUUCGAAUCAAUCAAGAUCGGUUCAUUGCACCGCUAUAUGAUACAGAUCGUUCGCUAGUGAACAUUAUUUCACUCGAUCCAGCCACACAUUCAGAUACAACAUCUUUGAAACUUCCUACACCAUUUGGUCUCAACGUUCUUUCUGCGCGAAAUGUUGAAAUAGUGAUUGUGGAUUCCAUUUGGAAUGCACUGUGUGUCUUUCAAACGACUGGUAAAGUCGCCAUUGCUCUGCCGAGUGGCAAACCUUCAAUCAAAUUGAUGAUGGUAUUGGAACAUCUUCGUAAAAUUCAUAUUUGGUAUUCGGAUGAUAAGGCGUUUGCUUUUCGUCUCGCAAGUAUUCUCAAUCCUCAUCGAUGCUUUAUGAUCACGUACCCAAUGAACGCACAAGUGGCUUUCAAAAGUGAUCACAGUUUGAAAACAAUUGUGAAUGAAAGUUUCGCUGUGAUUAAUAAAUGUAUCGAACAGUUCGAUAGUUUUCGUGAUGUAAUACGUGAUGAACUAUUGCAACGAACACGAUUCGCUGGAACACAAUGGCAACGAUUUCCUAUGUUGACGCAGAUCCUCAAAGGCCAUCGAGCCGGUGAACUGACUGUUUUGACGGGCGCUACUGGUUGCGGCAAAACAACAUUUCUUAGUGAAUAUUCACUCGAUCUGUGUAUACAAGGAGUAUCAACGCUAUUUGGCAGUUUUGAAAUUCAAACCCAUCGACUUGCGAAAGUCAUGUUAACACAAUAUUCUGGAUUGAAUCUAUCGAAAAAUCUGCAUGUAUUCGAUAAAUUCGCUGAUCAAUUUGCUCGUCUUCCGAUGUUUUUCAUGACAUUUCACGGGGAGGAAAGGAUCGACAAGGUGAUCAAUACAAUGGGAAAUGCCGUUGCUAUUCAUAAUAUUCAACAUGUUAUUAUUGAUAAUCUGCAAUUCAUGAUGGGAAUGGAUUAUUCCAACAAUGACCGUUUUUUUAAACAGGACACGUUGAUUCACCGUUUUAGAAAAUUUGCAACAAAUAACAAAUGUCACGUGACAGUCGUUAUUCAUCCGAGAAAAGAAGGUGAUGAAGAAGAAUUAUCGGUUUCAUCGAUAUUCGGUUCGGCCAAAGCAUCACAAGAAUCGGAUAAUCUGCUAAUUAUCCAACAGAAGAAGUUAGCAACGGCAACGAAUGGAAGUGUUAAAUAUUUACAAAUUGUUAAAAAUCGAUUUGAUGGACAACUCGGUCGAUUUGCACUUCGUUUCGACAAAGAGCGUUUGUCAUUUUCUCGUCCAGUGCUUUCUCAUCAUGAAUCAGACGACGGUCAACAACAAAUACCAAUGCUUUCGUCUUCUCUCUCUCAGGGAUGUUUAUAA